ACGACAUUUUACCGGAAACUGUUUAUCGUAGGCAGCACAUGGUUUUGUUUUGAAACUUUUCUCCACAAAUUAACUUAUCAGUGUCUUCGCAUUAUGGGAUUCGAAAGAGGUGGUGGUAGGGGUGGAGGCCGAGGAUUUGGUGGUGGUCGUGGAGGUGGAUUUAGAGGAGGAAGAGGAGGAGGAGGAAGAGGGGGUGGAGGAGGCAGGUUCCAACAGGACUAUGGACCACCAGAAUAUGUCGUUGAGAUUGGCACAAUGGAACACACAUGUGAAGAUGACCUGGUAUGUCUAAAUACCAACGAGAAAGUACCAUAUUUCAAUGCACCAGUGUAUUUAGAGAACAAACAACAGAUUGGAAAAGUAGAUGAAAUAUUUGGCUCCAUUACAGAAUCUUAUUUUUCAGUAAAAUUAUCAGAUGAUAUGAAAGCAAAAUCAUUUGCAAAGUUAUCUAAGUUCUUUAUAGAUCCAGCCAAGUUAUUACCUUUACAAAGAUUUUUACCUAAACCUGCCGGCUCAGCAGGGAAAACAAGAGGGGGUGGUGGCAGAGGAGGUGGCCGAGGUGGUGGUGGAUUCAGAGGAGGAAGAGGAGGUGGUGGCCGUGGUGGUGGUGGUUUUGGUGGGGGCCGUGGUGGUGGAGGUUUUGGUGGUGGCCGUGGAGGAGGAUUCCGUGGAGGGAGAGGCGGUGGUGGUGGUGGAUUCAGAGGACGAGGAGGGGGAGGUUUCAGAGGGGGUCGAGGAAAUUAAAAGACAAUUAAAUUUUUUAAACACUGUUUUAAUUGAAAAUGUGCAAUAAUUGCACUAACAAGACAUAUAUCAAGACAUAUAUUUUAUGAUAGUCUUCACAGAUUAUGUGAAUUUCAAAGAAGACCAAUAAUGUUAUGAUUGGAUGAAGACCAGCUGUGUUUGUUUUGGGGCAUGGAAUUAUGAUAACUUUUUUAUUAUUGAUUUUGAUAAUAAAAAGAUUUUUUGUUUAUCCUGGAUCAAUAUGUUUCCAACACUCAAAUUCUGUUAAUGAUUAUGAUACUUCUAUUUUGAGGGUCAUUUUUAUAUCAUUCAUUAUUUUGUUAACAUUAAAAAAUCAUGAUCACUGAAUUCUAUAUGUCUUAUUUGUAUAAUUGUUUUGUUGGGUUAUUGUAUUAUUGACAUAUACCUUUAUCUCCUAACAUUCAGGCCACGGUUUUUUAAUUUGUUGGUUUACGGAUUUUCUCCAUGAAAAAGUCGGGUCGGUCGGUCGGAAAAAAAAAGAAAAAAAGAUCUUUCAAGACAGAAAACUGAUAUGCAAAAUAAAAAUAUAUUUCACCUUUCUAAUAAUAUGUUUGUCAUACUAUUUUUUCAUCGUUCUUAAAUUUUAGUUUGAUGAAAUAUUAUUGCUCAGCUGUAAACAUCGCAUGACAUUGUCUAAUAAUUUCCCGUAAAAAAAAGGGGGGGUACACUGACAAAAACGAAAUUAAAUUGUCAUUUCACAAACAAGAAAAACAGAUUCACGUCAGUUAUUUGACUUAGCUUUUAAUCAAAACUUGGUGAAAAAUAAUAAGCACCAAAAACUGAUAAAGAAAGAAAAAAGUAAAAACGUCAUACAAAAAUAAGUUCCAACACACGUGUCAAAAAUGUAAUAGACUCGUCCACUGGAAAAACGAGAAUAUCAGGUUAAAUAAUCUGUUGCAUUGCAUUCCCGUUUUUUUAUCCAAAUGGACGAUAUUUUUUUAUUAUCUAUAAAACAAGAAAAUAUCAAAUGAUUUGUUAAAAUUCAGUAUUUUAACUUGAUGUCUUGAACUUCCACCUGUCCACAUUUGGACAAGUCUAUUUAUAUGAGAACAUGCAUCUUACGGACUGGUGACAAAUAAGGGAAACGAACUUAUUGUGUAAUUGGUUUUAAACACAGGUUUUGUUCCGCAAAAUUAUUUGCGCAAACGACAUUUCAAGGUCAUUAAUAAUUGAUUUGUCUAUUUUUAGAAACGUAAACUGAAAGUUUCAUUUUUCACAACAGAAAGUGUCAUCACUUCUGUUAGAGGUUAAUGCAUUUCAUUUCAUAAAAAAGGAUAUUUUAAUUAUUUUUCAGGGAUAAUGCAUUUGUUAGGGUCGGCGAGAAUAAAAAAAAAGCCUGAAAAUUCGAUUUUAUUUUUAUUUUGGAAAUCGGCAAAAUCGGGUCAGCAGAUCCGUAAACCAACAAAUUAAAAAAUCCUGGCCUCAUAUAAUCAAUUUGAAUGAAGGUAGUGUUAAAGAGAAGGUUGUAUUGAAAUUUCGUCUCUCCCUGGACUUGAUAAAAUGCUUUUAUAUAAUAGAAGACCACCCACUAUCAACCUUCAAACAUUUGAAUUCAUUCAUUAUAUUGUUACUGAUGUACCUUCUGUCACACAUUGUAAUAAAAGUGUACAAUGUAAUAAGUUGCU